AGAAUCCCCUAUAAAUUACAGACAAACACUACUUUACUAUAAAAUCUCUCCUCCUCUUGUCCCUACGCCACCGACCUCUCAAUCAUCCCCCCCAAAAAAAUUUCUGCAAAUGAUAAGAAAAUAUUCCCACCCUCCCUCCUCUCCCUCACACACUUCCCCCAAAACGACAAUUCCCAAGCUCUAAACACAAAGCACAAAAUCCCUCCACCUUCAUCCCUUAUUAUCUCUAAUUCAAAAAAAUGGAAUCCAUCCCUCCUACAACGGAUAACAAUACUAACUCCACCACCACUAACGCCGUCAACAACACCACCAACACCACCAACACCACCACCAACAACAACAACAGAGAUCAAUUUCUAAGACAUCUAAACAAACUAUCACACAAGAUCUCUAAACCAAACAUCCCACCUUCCAACGUCGCCGGUUCAUCAACUUUUAAAAAACCCUCAUCAUCAUCAUCAUCAUCAGAACCACCGGUUCACCCACCUCCACCUCCUCAACAACAACAACAACCUCCAGUUUACAACAUCAACAAGAGUGAUUUCCGCGACGUUGUCCAAAAACUAACCGGCUCACCAGCUCACGCCACGGCUACAUCUCAUCAACCACCGGCUCAGCCGAUCCACGCGCCGAAGCCGGCUAGUUCACGGCUCCAACGCAUACGACCUCCACCACUUUCUCAACUAACAAGCCGACCUCCUCCUUUACUUAACCCUAACCUCAACCCUCUCUCUCCUCUUCCACCACUCCCUACUUGCCACGCGGCAGCUGAGAGUCCCAUCUCAGCUUACAUGAGAUUCCUCCACAACUCUAUCUCCGCCGUUGAUGCUUCUCAUUAUCGGACGCCUCAGAUGUUGCCACCUCCUCCUCCGACAACUACUACUUCUACUGCUACUACGACAUUGAAUGAUCCUGGGUUAAGUUCGUUUGGAUUUUUACCGUCUCCGAAAUCGCCAUGUCCGAUUAAUUAUCCUAAUUUGAUGUUUUCGCCAACUGGAAAUGGUCCGUUAGGGUUUCCGCCAUUGCCGAUUUCGCCUACUGUUCCUGGAGUUUCUAGCCCUAAAUGGAGGGAUUUGUGACCUCAUCAUCAACAAGGUAAAAUUCAUAGGAAAUAUCUAUAGUUUCAGGAUUAAUUUAUAGUAUAUUAUAUUGUUUUUUUUAAUAUGAUGAUUAGCAGAAAUGUAUCAAGACAGAAGUGGUAGAAAAGUUUAUAGGAUUAGAGUUUUGGUGUUUUUGAUGAAUUAGGGAUGUGGAACUGUGCAUAUUGAUGGAUGAUGAUGUAUAUGGAGUAGAGAAAGAGAGACAGAGAGAGAAAGUUGAUAUUUUAGUUGUUAAUGGAUAGAGAACUGACUAUAGUUUUUAUGUUAGUGUUGAAUGUAAUGAGUUUUCUUGGAUUAUAUAUUGCAAAUUGGUUGUUUUCUGGA